UUGCCAUUCCUACUCGCAUACACAUCAUUGAUUCGCUCCUUGCUCUGCCACUACUACUACUGCUACUACUAUUACUAAUAUUACUACAUUAUUACAUUCUUCGACGUUACCAUCUCUGCGAAAGACACUCGGUACCGGCCUAGCACGAACGCCAAAUGUCUGACGAACGUGCAUCCUCUCGCAAGCCUUCUCCUACUUUGUACGACUGCCUUGGAGUACGGAACGAAGAGUUUACUGGCAACCUGGAUAACAUACACCUCACUCACGAGCAAAACAUCCCAACACCUAACCAUGACAUCAAACGAGAAGCGCCGACACCAGUGGAGCCUUCCGGCACUGUGAAUGAAGACGAAGCUAUACGAUUCUUGCUUCAAAGUCUGAGACCUGAGCAAAUUGUACAAUAUGUCAAAAUCCACAAAGUUUCGAAGGACGCUGGCAAUCACGCGGCUCUUGACGUUAUUUCAGGUGUCCAUACGGAUGACCUGCUAUGGAGGAUUUAUACUGUCGCCCAUCUAAUGUCGACCGGACCCGUACCCUCAUUCAGACCUACGUUUGCAGUCCUACAUGCACGCACGAAGCUCAAGAACGAGCUAUCGGAGAAAUUCGACGAGAAGUCAGUCUCUUCUCCCCAAGGCGCCAGAUGCGCGCGCACGACGUUCACGGAAGAGGAGCCCGAACCUAUCAACACAUCAGGACCUGCAGACUUCUCGGACACUACGGGUCCACCGAGGCCUGUGAGGGCCCAUCGAAGAGGCUGUCCAGGCAACCAUUGGAACUGCAAACCUGCGGAGCUGAAGCCAAGGACAUACUGGACUUCUUUCAAAAAGUUCCGGGAGCACUACAAGAUACAUAUGGAAGAUCAUCGUGUCGAUGGCCAUCGUUGGCAAUGUUGUCUAUGCGAUCACGAUUCAUUUGGGGGCAACGGACAUGACCUCGCGCAACAUUUGUGGGACGCUCACUUCAAGUAGAGGACAUUUCUAGCAUCACGGAGGUGGCGUCGAUGAUACGAUCUCACAAACUUCAUGGUACCCUUUAUCAUUUUAAUUCACGAGCAAGAUUUUACUUUCUCCAGAGACCUUCCAGGAAAGAUGACUCAAUGGCAGUGGAAACGAAAUACCAAUUGGACAACAACAAUGACUCAGCUAUCACAU